AAACUUUACGUGCGUUGCAAAAAUGUACAUAGUAAGUCAAAGUACGUAAUACACAAGUCAGUGUGGAUCGAGCAACUACUAAGAGAACAGUGUAGUUGGAUGGGUGCAACUUUAGCAAAAUGUCUAAAACUGCUGUGAAUAAGGAUUUAGCAUCUGAACGAGCAAAAUGUGAGUUCAACGUGGAAGAGUUGACCAACUAUUUGGAUGGCGGCAGAGAAAACACGGCCAGAAGAAGGCGAAUCGAGGACAAAGUAUUGAGUGUGGAAGAACUCAAAGACGUAGUACCAGAAGAGUAUUUGAGUCAUAAAGAAAAAUAUGAAAAUGCAAUACGUAAAGCAAUACUUUUUUAUAAGGUACAGAAAAACUUGGAGGAUCCUAAACAGCCGGAAAAUGAACGAAUCAGAAUUAACUACAGGAAUAUGAUAAAUUCAGCAAUAUUCAAGGACAAUUCACCUCUAGCAUUGCAUUUUGUGAUGUUCAUACCGGCGAUCAUAGGACAAGCCAGUGAUGAGCAGAGGGACUAUUGGUUGAAGAGAGCCAAGAAUGUGGAAAUUAUAGGAACUUAUGCUCAGACAGAAUUAGGUCAUGGCACAUUUAUUAGAGGCUUGGAAACCACAGCGACAUAUGACCCUGCUACUGAAGAAUUUGUUCUUCACAGUCCCACUCUCACGGCGUAUAAAUGGUGGCCCGGUGGUUUGGCCCAUACUGCUAACUAUUGCGUGGUAAUGGCGCAGCUGUAUACGAAAGGCAAGAGUUGUGGCAUCCAACCAUUCAUGGUACAAAUUCGCGACGAGGAAACACAUAUGCCUUUACCCGGAAUAAAGUUAGGUGAGAUUGGAGCUAAACUUGGAUUUAAUACUGUAAAUAACGGAUUCUUGGGUUUCGACAAUCAUAGAAUACCCAGAGACAGAAUGCUUAUGAAGAAUGCACAAGUUUCGAAAGAUGGUACAUUUACAGCUGGAGCCAAUAGUAAAUUGACGUACGGUACUAUGGUAUAUGUGAGGGUUUUAAUAGUCAAUAAUAUGGCAAAUUUCCUAGCAAAAGCAGUCACUAUUGCCGUCAGAUACUCAGCUGUUAGAAGGCAAUCGAAGUUGAAGCCUGAGGAUCCCGAACCGCAAAUCUUAGAUUACGUAACUCAACAGCACAAGCUGUUUAUCGGCAUUGCAACAAGUCACGCGUAUUCCCGUACAGCGUUGUGGCUUUGGGAUCACUACGCUAAAGUGACCAGUGAGUUGAAUGCUGGAAAAUUGGACAAUUUGCCUGAGCUCCACUCACUAGCGUGUUGUUUGAAAGUUCUGAGUGCAACUGACGCUGCUGUGUUGGUCGAAAGAAGUCGCCUAGCCUGCGGAGGACAUGGCUACAUGCUGUCCUCUAACCUGCCUCAAACUUACGGCCUUGUUACACCUGCUUCCACAUAUGAAGGAGAAAAUACGGUGCUUUUACUACAAGUUGCAAGGUCUCUAGUAAAGGCAUGGCAACAAAUGUUGAAGGGUAAGCCGUUAACGCCAUCUAUGUCGUAUUUGGCUGAUCAGAACCGAAUAGAUCGAUGGGACGGAUCAGUUAAUGGCAUCAUUAGGGCUUUCCAAAAAGUAGCUAGAGGCAAAAUAGCGUGGAGUGUGACUUGCUUUGAAAAAUAUCAGAAAGAGGGAUUGUCAUAUGAGGAUGCAUGGAAUAAGGCUUCUGUACAACUCACAGCUGCCGCAGAAUCCCAUGGCCGUGCCAUCGUCGUUCAGGUCUUCAAGGCUGAGACAGACAGGACAACAUCAUCAUUGUCAUUACCACUGAGGAAGGCCCUUGAUCAGCUCGUUGAGUUAUUUACCUUGUACUGGGCUUUAGAGAGACUCGGCGAUUUAUUACUGUAUACACCACUAUCGGAAGGCGAUAUUAGAGACAUGCAGACCAGGUAUGAGGAGCUUCUGGAGAAGAUCCGACCCAAUGCUGUGGGGCUCGUUGACGCAUUCGACUUUAGAGAUGAGAUUUUGAAUUCUGCACUGGGCGCGUACGACGGGCGCGUGUACGAGCGCCUGAUGGAGGAGGCCCUCAAGAGUCCCCUCAACGCGGAGCCCGUCAACAGCUCCUUCCACAAGUACCUCAAGCCGUUCAUGCGGGGGAAACUGUAAUUGUGUAUUUAUAACUGUUACAUUUACGAAUGGAACCAAAUAUUUAAUUUAAUCAUGUCUAUAGCUAUUUAUAAGAAAAAUACUUAUUAUGUUGAAAAAUAAA